CUACUACAAGUAUUAGUGAUUAUACUAAAAAAGGUUCUAAAGACACAGACUUUUCUUUAGUUACAAAUAUUAGUGAUGAUGAUUUCAACUCUUUAGUAGACUCAGUUUCGUCAGAAGGUUUUACUUUUAAUUCAAAUUUUCAAGUCAAGGUUGUAAUUAAAAUUAAGAAAUCAGAUCUAAUACUAGCAAAAUGGUUCAUAUUUGAAUUAGACAAUUUUGAUAUUUUUCAAAAUAAUCUAAUUAAGCAUAUUCAAGACCGCAUCAAUAAUAAUCAUAUCGAUAAAAAUGAUGUUCAAGUUUCUUAUAAAAUCAACGGUCAUGGACAAGCAAUGGCUUUAGAUGAUAAAAAUGAUUAUAAUGCAUUUAUUACGAACAUUGUACCAAAGGAGUCAAAACUUAAUUCUGAUGAAAUCGAACUAGCCAAUAUUAUCACGCAAAUUCGAACUAAAUACCAAUGCAAUAUUCAUACAACAUCUUGUUAUAUUGAAGAUGAUAAACAUCUUGCAUUAAUACCUACACAUUUACAAUUGUGGACACAAGAUAUAAAAAAUAAACUCACUACUAUCAAAACACCAUCUUUAUACCCGACCUUUGGUAUUAUUAAUGCCAUUAAGGCUAAUACUCAAAUACCACAAUUGCAAUCGCCGUCUGUGGUUAAAUUAAAUUCAGGCUCAAUUCCAAGUCUUCAAGAAUUUUUUGAAGAGUUGGAUAAAAAUUAUAAUGGCAAUGAUGCUUACUUAGAUUUAAAAGCAGAAUUUGAAUGA